AGGCUGAUAACUCAAUAUUUUACCUGCUCAUGCGCAGUUUAUAUUUGACGAGUGGAGAAGACGGACGUUUCACCAAAGGUAGCUGUAAACAGGAUGUCAAAUGUUGCAGCCAGUCCAGCGACAUACCAGAGCAUGGGAACGUAUGGAAGAAGCAACAUGGAAAACAUACUGAGAGCAAAUACUAUCAUCAUCCCGAGAAGCAGUAACGCCGGACAUCUAGAAGAUGAAUUCGUCCAAAAUGUGAUACAAUACAGAGCGAUGGGAUUGAAGUUUAAAGAGGAUUUCCCCGCCAUCGUCAUAUAUCAAGCUUCAUCACGUAUUAAAGAUGAAGAGGAACUCAUUGUUGACAAAUUACGGGGUUUGCCUUCAGCAAUUCUUAUCAUUGCAUCAGUCGGAAAAGAUUCUGAAGUAAGCAUCGACCUUCCAAGCGACUUGAAUUCUACCGUCAAACAAACAUUGCGUCUGUUUAUCAAAAAUGGACACAUUCUCCCCAAUGAUAUGGACAACGAACACACGUUUCACUGUGUGCUGAUGCAUUGCUGUCAACCGGAGUCUGUCUGGUGGACGUAUUUGACAGACCAUUGGAAGAAAAUCGCCAUUGCUGGCGGUGUCAUGUGUUUGCUUAUUAUAAUAGUGGCACUUAUGAUACGCUUUGCUUAAAAGAAAUAUUGCUUUGGGAACGAUCAGCUGAUGUUCUGAGGUGAGGGGGACUGGUAUUUCUUUAGAUAAAUUUAUUCUAGCUCGAAUCGCCUUCAUUAUGUGCACUGGACAUGUCGUAAAAUGUCCUGUAAAAUGUCCUGUCUCCUCCUCGAAUGGCGGAUUCCUUAACUGACACAGCCCCUGUAAUGCGACUGUGAACUUAUUGUCUUGACGGAGCAAAUGUCAAUCAAAUUUAUGUAGAUGUAAAUUCGUUUUAAAAUCGCCUAUCAAGGAUAACCCUGGAAACUACAUAUGACUGUAGUCAUAUUUGAAUAACAAAAUAUACAAUAACAAAACAACAUCUAUCAUCCUGGACAAUUUUCACGCAGAAGCGUUACGAAGAGUAUGUGGUGCAGUUCCUGGAAAAUGUUAUGAUAGAAUUUACUGUGAACUGAAUCAACUUCCUUAAGUGAAGGAAGAAAUCGCUGUACACAGCCUUCUCAAAAAUGUUUAACCAUGAUAAAGGGACAAAAUAUAAUCGAACAAUGAUCUUCAGCAUGACGAGCGAAGGCUUUAACCCUUUAUCUUGAUGGGGCAGUAUUAAUAGAUGCACGUUGUUACUAACCCAUUUUGUCUUCUGAAAAUAAAUAGAUAAAAUGAA